CCGCAAACAAACAGGUCUGAUGCAAAAUGUCAUGACCUGCAAGAUUUGGCCCCCAUCUCUCCCGCAUUCACAAAGGAUCGCAUGCGACAGGAGGAUUCUCCGCCACAUGCGCCAAAGAAAAGGUCAUGCGGACAAGGGAGCAAAGGACAACCUCGGAAGAACAUUGGACAUGCGAAGAGGAGGAGAACCAUUGAGAAAGAAUGGGAAGAGAAUGUGACAAUCGAUCUGAGGGGAUCCGAAGGUGUCGAGGCUGCUGAGGACGAAAAAGGAGAUCUGUCACGGGACACAGCAGUUAAGGAGCACAUGACCGAAUGUGAAGAAUAUGAUGAGACAGAGGAUGGUGAAGCAGGUAAUACGGACAGAUUGAACGAAAAACAAUCGUAUGGAGAAGAUGAGAGCAACGAAGAGGAGGACAGUCACAAUGGGUAUAACAACACACAGGAUGGAGAUGACGAUGAUGAUGAUGACGAAGAACCAUCCCAAAGCAGUAGGAGGGAAGAAAGACGUACCAAGGACAAUAGAAAAAAGACGUAUCGAAAAACGCAAGGAGGAACAAGUGAUAAAGGCAGAGAGGAAAGCAACGCCGACAAACUGUUGGUUCUGAAGAAGAAGGCAAUUGAAGGACACCGCCAGAUUUUACAAGGAGGGAGAAAUUGCCAAAAGGAGGCGAAAAAAGUAAAGCAUUGGGCGGGUGGCAUGCGAGAUGAAUGCGACUUAUUCGGAAAAAGGAAAAAAGACAGACUGUUGAGGUCUGUUGCUAAAACUUUUGUGCACUCGACAGCGAGGGACGCAACGUUCUACCCUUCAGAGGACGACUUCUUCAAUACGUUGCAGUUGGCUGCUAACCUUUUAGGAGAAGAUGUGAGGGUAGGAUUCGGGAAGUAUGUAGAGGACAAUGAUGUGCGGUGUGCGCUUAUAGAGUGCAACCGAAUGAUGACAACGGUCCGUGGAGAGUUGACUUGGCACUUGAGACACUGGUUUUGGGCAGAGAGAGGUCUCUCGCUCGUACGUGGCACGCAGUCGGAUUAUAAUAACACCGCGCGAAACGAUAUUCGUAGUCAAAUGAAUAAAGACAAGAUAUGGAGAAGGAAGGGCGACGAGCCAUGGGGAGCAGAACAUUUUAAGAGGGCACUCACAAAAGUCUUUCAAAUAAGAAGGGAUGACGGAAAGCUUGGCGUAACCUUGCAGCAACUAGCGUUUACCGAAGUCGUGAUUCGCACAGAAAUAGAACAGACAAAGAAGUCAAGCAAGGCGUCGGAUCAGUUGCUGAAAAUGACCGCUAUUAAGAACGACAUAGUCAAUACAGCCGGGAACCGAGACACAGUUAUGAGUUUCUGCAUUUUCAAGCUCGACCGCGAUACACAUGUGGCAGAUGUGGCAACGCAGUACUACAAUGCAGGCAACAGAAAGAGAGGGAAAAGUGCAGUCGACGACAAGGGCAACACAGUACAUGACUUUGAAUUCGAAGUCUUAGCCCCGCAGACGCAACCGCAAGCUUCAUGCGCAGGACCUUGAAAAU